UAUGGCUUCCGUGCAUGGCCCUUCAUCGUCCCCUUUGAGACUUUUUGUGGACAAAGAAAGAAACAAAGUGGUUGUGGGUGAAGCAAGUGCAGCUCUCACAGACGUUCUCUUCAGUUUCUUAACCCUUCCUUUGGGAACCAUCGUUCGGCUUCUCUUCAACAAGCAAACCUAUUUGAACAACCUCUACCAAAGUGUCCAACAUUUGAACACACAGGUUUUGUGGAAUGGAAUCUGUAAGAAAAUGUUGUUGUGUCCGCGUAAUCCGAGCCAGAAGCUUUGCCAGAAACUAAGAUUCAAUGUGGAUGACACAGAGCCCACCAAAUAUUUCAUGUGUGGCUCCUGUAGAGAGUCUGGCGAUACAUGGGUAAGUACUUUUGCAGAAGUGAGUUGCACAUGUGGAAAACUGAUGGACCAAGAGAUGAAGGUGGAGGGGGAGGAAGAUAAUAAUCCAAAAGGAGAUGGUGUUUUUGUUAAAGGCGAGAGUAUGUAUUUGAUCUUUGAUGAUUUUGACAGUACGUCAAAAUUCUGCAUGUAACACUAUCCAUCAGCUCGUCCAACUUGGCUACACAGACUUCACCAAGCUCACUGAAAUCUCUCCAAACGUUGGCUUAAACCAGGUCAUUAUU